AUGUCAGGCAAUUCUCGUAAAAAUCCAGGUUCAGCGGUCCCUAAACUCAAGCUCAGCGCAUCCGGAACCGCUAAGGAAGGAAAGCCGAACGUUAAUGUAAUGCCAGCUCAAGGUGAGAUCACCUCGCCACCAGGAAACUCUUCCCGCCGCGCAUCUGGACCAGAAUCACCUACCCAACGAUUCAACAAUAAUGCGACCAACCCCUCGAAAGGCUCUGAUCUCAGAGACCAUCCAUUAUAUCACAAAGUCCAAACACUCCCGAACGAAUUGAAACCAUUCUUGUGUCAUGAUUGGAAGAAGAACAGAAAAUACAAUCUCACGAAGCUCAAAUAUUAUUCAAUCUUGUAUCAUUUCAACACCGCAACAACUGCACGUCCAAAUAUUAAGAAAGAACUAUUGGAGAAUCAGUUCAAGACCAAGUUACUACCCCAAUUACAACCAUUCUGUACGCCACCUCCAUCAAACGACGAAAUGGACACUGACGAUGAUCAGGAGGAUUUUGAUCCACUUCACCGGAGCACGACUAUUGCCAUGCUUGUGAAUACUAUCCAUAGCAUAAACCCCACCGUCAACGUCUCUUCGGUCGCACUCAAGGACAAGGUGCUUGUUCUUUACAAGCAUUAUGUCAAUCCGGAUCUCCCAUUCCAUCAAAACUCUAGCUACACGGCCAUACCACGCACUGUCAAGUCGAAAUUUGUAUCGAAACUUAGCACCCAGGCCAUUUGA